AUGGAGGCGGACGGAGCCCUCGACCCCAGGGCGCUGGAGCGGGAGCUGCGGGCGGCGGUGGCGGCCGACGAGAGGCGGGAAAGGGAGAACGAUGCCAAGCUGCGGGCCGUGCGCCAGCGCGUCCCCUCCUACGAGGAGUUCAGGAACAUUGUGCUGGCAUCACACCUGAAGCCCCUAGAGAAAAAGGACAAGAUGGGUAAGAGGAGGAACGUGCUGUGGAAUCCCUGUGCAGCCCACGCCAAGGCCCCGCAAGCCAGCAACGUGGAAAUACCUCAGGAACUGGAUCAACUGCCCAGAACCUCUGCUGAAUUUUACAGAGAUUGGCGCAGAUGCUUAAAAAGUGGAACAGAAAAAUACCAGUUUUUGCUUGAACUUGGAGGGAAGGCCUUGGGCAGAAUCUUUCAGGCUGACUUGAGCUUUGGCCUCCUGGGUGAAUUCCUUACAGUGCUGGCAGAGAACGUCUGUCAUGAAGACAGAGAUGCCAUCCUUCAGAUCUUACAGAGCCUUUCGGGCACCAAGCGCUUCGGGUUAAACGUGGAUCUUCUGAGCGAGUCGGAGAAGGAGAGCAGCAGGGAUUUGUUUAGGAAGCUGCGGAGCAUGAGCAGGGAUUAUUGGACCGCUGGCCAUCCCAGCAGCCCAGCCGGCUGCGAAGCAGAGAGGGAAGCCCACCUCAUGGACUCUAGCUUGCAAAAGGAAACUGAGCAGGAAAGGAUAGUGAUGGAGCUGAUGAAAUGUUACCAGGUCAAGUGAAGGAGCAGAAGCACCAGGGUCACGCAGAAACAGAGUGCAAAAGAGGCUCAAAGCUUGACUUUGGCAUCACCGUGCGAGACGGAUAAAUCGGAUACUUAUGGAGCACUUCUGUACGUUUCUCUGUACCUGGGAGCCACCCAGAGCAA